UAUAAAUUGUUCGUAGGAAAACAAAACAAAGAAUUACAAAAAAGUUAAAAAUGGAUACUAUAGUUAAAGAAUUAGACAUAAAUAGCAAAAAUGUUUUCCCUACAAAUAAUCCAAAUCUAUUUGUGGUAAUUGUACACAGCAAUUGGUUAAAAAAAUGGUUAAAAAACUUGGAAGUCGAUAAUUCUGUGAAUAACAUUGAUAUUGCAUUACAACCUGGUGAAAGUGUUCCUUAUCCGUGGCGUAAAAUAUUUAUUAGGGUAAUAAAUAAAAAAUGUUCCAAGGUUUUACCAUUACCAAGGUACAAACUUAAUGAGAGCAAUCCAGAAUCGCCUCUGACUUUUUCCUACCUACUACAAUGCAUCUCACAAACAAAUCAAAGGAAUUUAUGGAAAGAAUCUUUUAAAAAGUAUUCACAAAACAAUGAGCAUAGUAAAGAGACAUCAUUAGUUAAUCUUCUCGAGCAUGAUCAGCUUUUGUCUGAAGUUAUCCUAAGACUUUAUGGUUGCAACAUAGUUAGGAUUAAAAAUGACAAUAAAUCAAAUGAGUACAAAGAUGUAAUACCUAAUAAAAACAUUGCAAAAACUUAUGAGACCCAUGUCAACCUAUUGGCAGCUCUAAUCACUUUGGAGACUGAUAAUAAUUAUUUUAUCAUCUAUAGAGGGCAUUACGAAAAUAGUUUGCUUGACUGUCUUAACUUCAGUCCAAAUUUAAUUGACAAAACCUAUGCUAGAGGAUUGUUUAUUGUUUAUCAGUUACUACAUAUGUCUAAAGCCAUGUGUGAUAGAGGCCUCAGUGUGGGUAUGCUACGCCUUCAAGAUAUAUAUCUAUCAGAGAAUCUCUGGUUACAGAUCAUUCCCCCUAUAACAAAUAACAUAUUUUGUUUAGAUAACUCUUUAAUUUAUGAAUAUAAUAGGAAUAAAACAACUAGCCAACCUAUGAAUUUAAAAAAUAAUGAUGUAAGUAGGCAAAAAGAGUCAGCCAAAUUAGAGCAGCUGUGUAUGCUUUGGACUAGAGGAAAAAUCUCUAACUUGGAUUAUCUUCUACAAUUGAACAUGUUAGCAGGAAGGAGCGCAAAUGAUCCACAAGCACAUUUCAUGGUUCCUUGGGUUACAGAUUUUAAUUCUAGAUGUGGGAGGAAUUGGAGGGAUCUGAGUAAAUCUAAAUACCGUCUGAACAAGGGUGACAGGCAGCUGGAUAUGACAUAUGAUGUGACAAGUGUCAACGGUCAAAUACCACAUCAUGUUUCUGAUGCUUUGUCAGAUAUUACUUGCUAUGUGUACUUAGCAAGAAGAACGCCAAAGGAGAUCCUUUGUAAAUAUGUUCGCAACAAAUGGGUACCAGCGGAGUAUCCUGGUUCCAUACAGCGUAUGCAGGAGUGGACGCCCGAUGAGUGCAUACCAGAGUUUUAUACAGAUCCAACUGUCUUCAAGAGUAUCCAUGAAGAUUUACCGGAUCUUGGUAUACCGUCGUGGGCCACCUGUGCAGAAGAUUUCAUAACAAAGCACAGGGAAGCACUGGAGAGUUCCCACGUGUCUGAGAACUUGCAUCACUGGAUCGAUAUUACUUUUGGCUACAAACUAUCAGGUACAGCGGCAGUGAAAGCGAAGAAUGUGUGCCUCUCGUUAGUGGACGGUCACUCGCGCAUGCGUCGUGGUGGCGCCGUCCAGCUCUUCUGUGCCCCCCACCCUGCGCGGAGAGCGCGCGCACCCCCGCCCGCACCUAUACGUAUGCGCUGGACCACGCCCAAUGCUAAAAAAAUUGUCAAAAAUGACAGUUCAGAAGAAAUGACAGAGGAAGAAGAAGAAUCAAAUAGUUUGCCACAGCACGUGUCUCGUCUCCAAGUUCCGUCACAACGCGUCCGUUCGCGUCACAAAAGCAGCAGUCGAGCUCGGUCUCUCUCUAAAGCGCAAGAUGGCGGAGAUGACGUCAUCACGGAAAAUAGAGCAUCCUCACAUUCCAGACAUUACAAAGUACAGCGCUCAGAACUAGGGAAAGGCGUUAUAUAUCUACCAAAAGAAUUCAAUCCCGCUGCAUCUAUCCAAGCGUUAGAGGUUUUAGACAAUUUCAGAACUAAAUGUUUCUUUAGCAAAGCGGAGGAUAAGAAAAAAAAUGAGAACGCACAUAAACUGAACUUGUUUCAACUACAGAAAGACGCAAAGGAAAAUUUCAAUUCGGGAAAAGAAAAAUCUGAUGAUACAGCAUUUACUAACCACAUGUUCUUCGCGUCGUACGAUCAAGCGUAUUUAAAAAAGUUCAGCCAAGACGCACAGUUAGAUAAUGCUUUAAAAGAGAGGAAGAACAGAAUGUUCAACACGAGAUACACCACAGAUGCGUCGAUAUACAAGCAGUUUGUUACUGAAAGUCGACAACAGGAUAUGUUGGUGAUCGGAUGUCUCAUUGUGGAAAUUUUCCUUCACGCAUACAUGCGUCCACUGCGGACGAAUAACGAUGACUUUGUAGAUAGAUACAAUAGUUGUCGAACAGUAUUAAAGUUCAACUUUAAUAUGUUACCUAAAUGCGUCAGUUAUAUCGCCUCGUUACUUCUAAACGUUCAACCUUUAAGUCUUAGCUUCAAAAAUGAUCUCAUACCUUUAACUGAGGAUACGAAAGGGGCGGUUGUAACAGACAAAGGUUUACCCCCUCCUACACCCGCGCAGCUACUCCAACCUUUACUAAUGCAACAUUUGAUACCUUUCCCACAAAGUUUUAAUAUCUUAUAUAAUCUUAUAAGCACUUUACAUGAAUACGAACUUACAAGCAACGAACUUAACUUGCUUUAUAUGUACGAAUGUGAUGGAAACCAUUGCGAGAAAUAUAAAAAUGUAGAUAAAACUAAACUGUAUUUUAAUCAAAGAAUCGCCGAAGGAAAAAUUAAAGCUUGUAUUACACAUUUGGGAGUUCUUCUCGAACAGAUAAACUGCGUCAAUCAGCUCGAUGUACUCGAUAUUUUCUUGUCGCAUUACAUCGAGUUAUUAGAAAAUAAAAACACAUCGGUUUUAGCAGCUUGGUAUCUCUUCGAUACUGUAAGCAAAGCUUUAGGACCUGCGGAGACACGGAAAAAAUUAUUAAAAUACAUUCUAAAUUUGUACGAAGAUGAUGAUCUAUACGAUAAAUCAGAACAACAUAAAAUAACUGAAAUAGAUUCUCUAACCAAUGGAACUGUGCAAAUGAAACAUAAGUUCGUCAAACUGUAUCAUCAUAUCUUUCUUUUACAAUUGAUAGUGAGGUUAGGACUUCAGUGCUUCCUGGACAAUUUCACACAGCAUCUCGUUGAGGCGGUGGGUGGAUAUAAGGACGUUUGCUCAGUAGUAGGAUCACCAGGUCACCUAUGUCAUAAUCGUGCAAUGGCUAACAAGAAACCACGCUACUCCGACGACAACGUUAAAAAUGCUCUGACCACAACAUCCGAUAUCUUCUCACCUGAUACAUCGUAUGGUUCAGAAAAUGUCGUCACACCGAACGUUGAAAGAACUAUAGCUGAGGUUAAUGAAGUUUUAAACGAAAAGGAUGUUGAUAGUAGAAGUGAAAAUGAGUUGUUCCAUUUUGAAAACGACAAAGAUAGACAGCCGAGCCGCAGUAGCAGAAGCAAAUCUCCCACCGGGUCAGUUGACUCGAACACUAAUAAAGAACAAAGCACUUUACAUACCCCAUCUCCAUCUUCCGAGUAUUUCUCACCUGGGAAUUCUAGAUUCUUUACGCCUAACUUAUCAAAUCAAUCAAACAAUAAAGAGCCUAAUAAUCAAGUAGGUAAGGAUGAAAAUCGCGAAUCGGAAGCAUCAGUAAAAACAUGUUUAUCGCCUCCAAUCGAUGUUCCACAACGACCUAUGUUCACAAGUUACUUGCACUUCGCAGAAGAAGAUUCGAAAUCGGAAGAAGUUGAUUUGGAAAAUUCACAAGCUGAAGAAAAAGUUGAAGAUAUAUCAAAUGCUGAAACACAAAACUUACAAGAUGAAGAUGAUGGUAAAGUUUAUGAUGAAUCAGUCUCUUGUAAAAUAUCAGAUAUGAGUUCUGAGAGUUUAAUUUGGCUGGCGCAUAGAUUGGGGCCUGUGUUAACUUGUAGAUAUAUUACAAGGAAUUUGCUUAAAAUGCUAACACUAUGCUACAUCGGCAAAGAGAACCUUUCACCUUGGGAGAGUGAACAGAAAGAUGAAUUCGACGAAAUCUCAGUAGUAAAUAGUAAAGUGGUGGGAGACAGGAAUGCUAUGAAAGUCAUUCAGUGUCUUACAUCAAUUGUUGCGAUGUACGGCGAGCAGCUGAUAAUGUUCCAGUACUUGCCGCACAUGGGCGAGCUGAUCGCCUCCUGCCGACGCCGGCUGUCCGCGCCGCUGGAGGGCGGCGUCGUCGCUUGUUUGCAGCUGCUCAAACACCUGCUGCCCUACAUGUCUGAUGUCAAGGUCAUGGAACAGCUGCAGGAUACAUUCUUAAAAUCGAUCCUGCAACCAUCUCUUCGGCUGGCAUCCACCACACGUUGCGCGUACCCCAACGGUGCGACAGCGCGCGGCGCGCUCACCCGCAAGCUGGUUGACGCGCUGCACGCGCUGGCAUUACGCGUCGGCCCCGAGAUGAGCCGGCGGCAUCUCUGCAUGCCCGCCUUACAGAGAUUCUUCUUAGCAUUCGAUAAAGCUACUGGAAAAGUUGAUAACUGGCCCAAACAAGACGAAACCAAUGGUGAUAAGAAUGUGGAGCAGGAGAACCGUGAGGUCAAGGUGGAGGGUUUCCUGGAGAUCUGUCGCGACGGCAGCACGGCGGAGUGGGCGGUGCGAGAUGGCCGUGUCGUGCGCGCCGACCUGCCCGAGCUUGCCUGCUCACCACCUGACCUCACCAGCGACGAACACGACGCUAAUGGCCUUACGGCUCAAGAGGAACUUCUGGUGGUGUUCAACGAGGAGCUGGCAUACCGCGCUCACGGCACAUUCGCGCGCUUCAUAGGCACAGACAGCCUUGAGCGCGCACUCAAGAACGCGGACACCGUGCGGACAUUAUGCAACAACUAUAAACAAAUACACGCUAUCAGUUCGCCCCUCCACAUAAACCAGCAAGGAAAGCGCUUUCAAUCAUCAUUCAGUGAUGAGCCGAUCAGUCGCAAAGCUCUUACACCCACAAGAAGUGAUCUCUCCGACAAUGGCAAUAGCUUUGUAAAUGGAUCUGGUAACAACAGCUUCGGUUCCAAUGUCACUCUCGUCGGCAACAGAAUAGAUGUCGCUGCUGAUGAGGAAGGUGUCAACGGACAGGGAUGCGGGUUCGAUGCUGUUGCGUACAAGAUGGCUAACGGCGUGAAGAGUGAAAGGCAUCUCCGGGGUGACUGGUUAAUCUACUGGGAGCAUGAAAUCGGACGUCCAGACAAAGACGCCCGGUUUAACUUGAAGCAGAUCAAACUGCAGACAUUCCUCGGACACACGCACUCUGUCAAGUCUAUACAUUGUCUGGACAAUGAGAACAGCUUCAUGAGUGGAUCUAAGGACAAGACUGUCAAACUAUGGUCUUUGAGGAAUCAGGGAGACGGCAAUGCAACUACUCAAUGCAACUGGACCUACACGGGGCACAAGAAGGGCGUGCUCUCUCUGACAUUCUUGGAGUCGCUACGGCUGGCUGUGUCCACUGACUCUAUUGUACACAUCUGGGAUCCCUUCAUGGAGACUGUGGUAUCACAGCUGGAUAACAUAAAGUCUGCAGUGAGCAUUGUACGUACUCUGCCCGGGCCGUCUACAGUAGUGGUGGCCGCUACUACUGACGCCACGCUGCGACUCAUCGACGCCAGAGCACCUUAUACAUCAUACGAACUGAAGUUAGCGACGAGCGCGACUACGUUCAUCCGGUGCAUGUGUAUCUGCGCGUCGGGCGCGUGGGUAGCUUGCGGGCUGGCGGGCGGGCACGUCGCCGUGCUCGACACGCGCAGCGGCCGCCCCCUCGCCGCAUGGCGCGCGCACGAUGCAGAGGUUCUUCGCUUAGCCGCAGUGGAUGAUCAUAGAUUGUUGAGUUCGGGACUGGACCAAGUGACCGCGCUCUGGCGGGUCGAUGAUGGCGAGUUGAUUGCGCAUCUCAAUAACAAACACACAAAUGUUACCAGGGGCAGUACCGAACCUGUUCACUGCCUCUCUGUAUACUACAACGAGUUAAUAUCGGGGACCACCAACAAUCGCAUCGGAGUCCACACUUCAUUGGAUCAAGACGCUUCGUUCUCCUCCACGAAACUGCGCUCUGACACAUUCAAAGGAGUUCUGACGUGCAUGUCGGUGUUGCCACUUAACAGACUUCUGCUGUUAGGUAGCGAUAAUGGAACUAUUAGUUUACUUUGCUGAUAAUAUUAAAAAAAAUUGCAUGCGGUUUUUUAUAUCUUUUAAUUGUGCAAAUGGGGUGAGCUGGUCUCGUUUUGUCAUGGCAAGUUUUUUUUAUGUAAUCAGUGAAAUGCAUACAACAAUAUUGACGCAGACUUUUUAAAAUAUGUAUUUUUUUAUUUUUCUCAAUUUUUUUAGUAAUAGAAAAAAUGCUAAAUUCAUUUUAUG